AUGGAGGCUGUCGCUCGUGGGGCUCCACCUGGCGCUCCUCUAUCACUGAAUGGGGCAGCGGCGCUGCCUGGAGCAACAGCAGUGCCUCGAGCAGUGACCACAGCAGCAGAAGCUGGGGCAGCGGCAGAAGGGGCGGCAGUAGGAGCUGGGGUAGCUACAGCUGGAGCAGGUUCGUUAGAGGACGCGGGACUAGCGGGAAGGGAAUCACAGCAGCUGGUAGAGCCUGAGAUUGAAGGAGGCUCUGGGAAAGACGAGCAGCUUUCGCCUCCACUUGCGACCUUACGCUCCCCACCAACAGCAGUACCAGUGUAUUCUGUACCCAAAGCGGGUGCAGGUUUGGCAUGGUUUGGCACAACACUGAUCGGUGGGGCAGCAGGGGUGGACGAGGAAGCAGGGGUGGAAGGGGCAGCAGGGGUGGUAGGGGCAGCAGAGGUGGAAGGGGCAGCAGGGGAGACAGGGCAGUAG